CGGAAAGAAAGUAUUCCUUGGAUGAUAACAUUUGUUUAUUACUCGAGAAGAAUCCCUGCAAGAUCAUGAUUAUAGCGCUGGCACGGGUGUGUUGAAGUCUGGUGGUAUGCAGGUGUGAAGUAAAACACUCUGCACACACACACCACUGGUGACAUCGUAGCAGCCACUUAGAGCUGCACGAAGCGUUUUCUCCUCCUUUCGCUGUGCACAUACAUGUUUUUCUAUGAAGAGAGGAGAGAAACCCGAAGGUUACCGACAGAUGAGACCCAAGACGUUUCCUGCGAGCAACUGCAGUGGCAACAGCAACCAGAUGUUGCAGGAGAUUCGGGAAAGCCUUCGGAAUCUUCCCCGUCCCUCAGAUAGCCUCAAAGUGGACAUGGGGGUAGGCAAGGUACCCCCUGAAGACCCGAGGCAACAGGGACGUUGUACCAACCCCAAAAACCCCUACCACAAAGCCUUGCAGGAGAUCCGAAAGUCUUUGUUGCCGUUUGCCACUGAACCAACAUCUGCCAGUCGAGGCUCUGAUGUUAACAAGCAGAUGCUUCAGGAGCUACAGAGCGCUGGAUUCGAGGAGGAAAUGGUGAUCCGUGCUCUGAAACACACCAACAGUCGCAGUGUGGAGGCUGCCAUUGACUACAUCAGUAAAAUGAGCUACCCAGACCCACUGAGAGAACAGAUGGUCUCUGUGGCUGCCCGCCCAGUCAACACAGCCAUGAAAGCACCUCCUGGCCCCACCCACAUCCAACAGCCAGUCUUAAGGAGGCAGAGCUGGAAAGGUUCAAAGGAGUCUCUGGGCCAGCAGAGACAUGGUCCUAUUGUGGUUGAUGGUAUGAUGUACCGAUCCAACAGCCCGGGGCCUCAAAGUGACCUUUCAGGCCGCCCACCCCCCACCUUCCCCCAGGGUCACCCAGGUAACAGUCAGCGGGUCAACCCCCCACUUCCACCCCAGGUACGCAGCGUUACCCCUCCUCCAAACAGGGGCACCACUCCACCCCCAUCUUCCUGGGAUUCUAACCCAUCCACAAAGCGCUACUCUGGAAACAUGGAUUACCAUGUACCCCGUAUUUCUCCAGUACCUCAGGGUGCAUGGGCUGAUGGGUACCCUGCGCCAACUUCUCAGAACCAGCGAGGGAUAAGCCCGGUCUCUGUGGGCCGCCAGCCCAUCAUCAUGGCAAGUUCUGGGAGCACCAAGUUCAACUUUCCCCCUGCAUGGCCCCAGAAUGGUUCAACCUCAUCUGACUACAUGGGGAUGCAGAACGUGGGUAUGAGUGGUGGAAGCAGGCAACCACCUCCUCCAUACCCUAUAAACCAGAGCAGUAGGCAGAGUCCUACAGCUCAGCAAAUGCAAGCAGGUGGCCCGGCAUCUUCCGCCAACUAUGUAAAUGGUGGAGGUAUGCCUCAGUCUAUGCUGGUGCCCAACCGAAACAGCCAUAACCUGGAAAUGUACAACCUGGGUGUUCCUCAGCCCUGGUCCCAGUCCCCUCAACCCCAGUCUUCCCCAGGAGGCACCAACCAGAGCAUUCCUGUUCGAUCCAACUCCUUCAACAAUUCCCAGUUAAGCACCCGACAGGGCCCCGCGCCCAGUUCCCAACCCUCAGCCACAACCGUCACAGCAAUCACCCAAGCGCCAGUCUUGCAGCCUGUGAAGAGCACGCCUGUGCAGAAACCCGAGUUGCACACUGCCGUCGCUCCUACGCAUCCUCCCUGGAUGCAACAGCCACCCCCUCACCCUAGUGCCUACCAGGACUCCCCAGGGCCAGGACAUCAGAUAGCACAGGCAGUUCCUGAGGUGCCUAGCUAUCAGGGUCCACCACCACCCUACCCUAAACACCUCCUCCAACAGGCUACUCCUCCCUGUCCUACCUAUGAUGGUGGGUCCAAGCCCAGCGGGGGCAAAGAGGAGGUUGCUGAGGAUGACACAGCUAGUAACAGCUCCAGCGACAAGGCAGAAGCCAUGGAUGUUGCCACGGCGCCGCCACCACCGACGAAAGACCGUGACAAUAAGCAGAUCACCACAUCGCCUGUGCCGGUCCGGCGGAAUAAGAAGGAUGAAGAACGUCGCGGGGAAUCCAGAAUGCCUAUCUACUCGCCGCAGGCUUUCAAGUUCUUCAUGGAACAGCAUGUUGAGAACGUUCUGAAGAACCACCAGCAGAGGAUCCGACGCAGGAAGCAGCUGGAGAGCGAGAUGCAGCGGGUGGGUCUCUCGGGAGACGCCCAGGAACAGAUGCGAAUGAUGCUGUGCCAGAAGGAAUCCAACUACAUCCGUCUGAAACGGGCCAAGAUGGAGAAAUCCAUGUUCAAGAAAAUCAAAACCCUUGGCAUAGGAGCAUUCGGAGAGGUUUGCCUGGCUCGGAAGGUCGAUACAGGGGCUCUGUAUGCCAUGAAGACCCUUCGCAAGAAAGACGUUCUCCUGAGGAACCAGGUAGCUCACGUCAAAGCAGAAAGGGAUAUCCUGGCCGAGGCGGAUAACGAAUGGGUGGUGAAGCUGUACUAUUCGUUCCAAGAUAAGGACAACCUGUACUUUGUCAUGGACUAUAUUCCCGGUGGGGAUAUGAUGAGUCUUCUGAUCCGGUUGGGAAUUUUCCAAGAGGAGCUGGCGCAGUUUUACAUUGCUGAGCUGACCUGCGCUGUCGAGAGUGUCCAUAAGAUGGGCUUUAUUCAUCGCGACAUUAAACCGGACAACAUCCUCAUCGACCGUGAUGGACACAUUAAACUCACUGACUUUGGCCUCUGCACGGGGUUCCGCUGGACACAUGACUCUAAAUACUACCAGAGCGGGGACCAUGUUCGACAGGACAGCAUGGACUUCAGUAAGGAAUGGGAGGAUCCGGCCAACUGUCGAUGUGGGGACCGCCUUAAGCCUCUGGAACGCAGGGCUGCUAGGCAACAUCAGCGGUGUCUUGCCCACUCCCUUGUGGGCACACCCAACUACAUUGCCCCUGAGGUCCUGCUCAGGACAGGUUACACUCAACUCUGUGAUUGGUGGAGUGUAGGAGUCAUUCUCUAUGAGAUGUUGGUUGGACAGCCACCUUUCCUGGCUACGACGCCCCUAGAAACCCAAAUCAAGGUGAUAAACUGGCAGACCACACUACACAUCCCCCCGCAGGCGAACCUGAGUCCUGAAGCUUCAGACCUCAUUGUAAAGCUGUGCCGAGGGCCAGAGGACCGUCUCGGGAAGAACGGAGCGGACGAGAUUAAGGCCCAGCCCUUCUUCAAGACCAUUGACUUCUCCUGCGACCUGAGGCAGCAGCAGCGUCCUGCUCCUUACAUCCCCAAAAUUGCGCACAGCACCGACACCUCCAAUUUCGACCCCGUCGACCCUGAUAAGCUGUGGAGCGACGACGGCACCGAUGGGAACUGCAACGACACGCUCAACGGAUGGUUCCGGAACGGAAAGCACCCGGAGCAUGCCUUCUAUGAAUUCACCUUCCGGCGUUUUUUUGACGACAAUGGUCACCCCUACAGCUGCCCCAAACCCAUCGAGUACGAAGGCUAUGACGGGGAGGAGGAGGAGGAGGCAACUUCACCACAGCAGGAGAGGAGUGAGCAGGAGGAACCUCCUAAAGGAGCGCAGGGGAGAGAUUUGGUCUAUGUGUAG